AGCCGCAACGCCGCCAAGAGCUCGCGAUCAAGUUCAAGUUCCAUUCUACUAGAGCUCACUUCAACCGAUUUCCUGGAGAAGCUCAUCUUGAAAUUACUUUGAUCGUCCAGGUUUCUUUUCGCCGCGCCGAACGAGCAGCUGUUCAAUUAUGGCUGCAGCUCAAAGUUCCUCCAUCCCUCCCUCCAACGUGGAGUACGGAGGAGAUGAAAUCUCUGCCAUCGUCCUUGAUCCCGGUUACUCGAGCAUGCGAGCCGGCUUCGCGGGAGAGGAUGUACCUAAAGCCGUCGUGCCCUCGGACUAUGGUAUCCUAGGUUCAGGUUCCGAGGAAAAGUACCUGUUCGGCGACAACUCGAUACACACACCUCUUCCGGGCCUUUCUAUCAAAAACCCUAUGUCCAAGGAUGGCACCGUCGAGGACUGGGACACUGCGACCAAGGUUUGGGAGCAUGCGAUCACUUCCCGUCUGACAAGCGGCAAAGCAGGCGAUCCCGCGACAAAUGGCUUGAACGACCCGAGCAAUGAGGAUGGAGACGCGAAGAUGGAAACCGCAGACGAAGGAGAGAAGCCGUUGGAGGAGAACCCUCUACUGAUGACCGAGACGGGAUGGAAUCCGGCCAAGUCGAGAGAAAAGGCAAUUGAGCUUGCCAUGGAGAAUUGGGGCUGCCCUGCCUUUUGGCUCGCUCGGAACGGUGUCCUAUCUGCCUUCGCCGCGGGUCGGGCAUCGGCACUCGUUAUUGAUCUCGGAGCAUCCAACGUCUCCGUCACACCUGUCCACGACGGAUUAGUUCUGAAGAAGGGCGUUACGCGCUCUCCUCUCGCUGGAAACUUUGUGUCCGAUCAAUUGCGCCUCUUAUUCUCGAGCUCGCAACCUCAGAUCCCCUUGACACCGCACUACCUCGUAUCAUCCAAGCAGCCUGUGGACGCUGGCUCACCCGCACAAGCUACCUACAAGACCUUUGCCAACCCGCCCGACGCCAGCUUCCGACGACUUCAAGAAGAUCGCGUUCUUACAGAAUUCAAAGAAUCCGUCGUGCAAGUGUGGGGUGGGCCUGGCCGAUUGAGCUCCGGCGCACAGGGCACUACCAACGAAGACGUCGUCAAAACAUGGCCUGGUCGCCCAUUCGAGAUGCCUGAUGGAUGGAACCAGGUCUUUGGCGCAGAACGGUUCAAGGCCGUCGAGGGCAUUUUCGAUGCCAAGGCCGCACUCAGUGACGCCGACCAUCCCGCUCCUACCCAAAACCAGACCCUCCCGGCCCUGAUUCAAGCCUCCCUCAACAAUGUCGACGUAGAUAUCCGACCCCAUCUUCUCGGCAACGUCGUCGUCACCGGCGGCACAUCACUCCUCUACGGUCUCACCGACCGUCUCAAUAGCGAACUCCAGCAACUCUACCCCGCCGUGCGCGUGCGUAUCCAAGCUCCCGGAAAUACGUCCGAGCGACGCUUCGCUUCAUGGAUCGGCGGUAGUAUCGUCGCCAGCUUGGGUACCUUUCACCAGAUGUGGAUAUCCAAGAAGGAAUACGACGAGCACGGCGCCGGCAUCGUCGAAAAGCGGUGCAAGUAGUGCCGGAUCCCUUGGAAAUUUUGUUCUCUGUUUUCUCUUUAUUUCUACUUCUCUUUUCAUUGUUUCCAUUUUCGUUGUUUCCCUUUCUCUUUUCCUUAGUCUAUUCCCCGACGCGACCCCAAUCCUUCCUCAUGUGAAGACUUUUCCCCCCAACAGACUUUUGGUCUUUUCGGAUCAUAGGAGGGAAAAAAGAAAAAGUUUCUUUUCAUUCAUAUCAAAAGAAAAGCGUCGCCUCCAACAGCCCAGCCCAGCCCACGGAACACGGACCAGAGCGAGCUCUUUCUUUUCUUUUCUAUACUUCCCAAAUCGAUUGUGGC